AUGAACAAUAUACAUAUGCUUGCCAUAGCCUAUUUCCGCAGUCUAACAGACUUGCAUAAAUACGUCACAUUUAUACUGGUUUUUCUUUGCUCUCAACUUCCACAUCGCAUGGCAUGUCAUGACAUGUUUGAGAGGCCGCGGGCCAUGCUAGAGAUUAGGAAAAGACAACUACAAAAUUUAAAAGGAGGUGGUAGAAAUGAACCUUAUCUGAUCAGCAUUUUCGAGCCCCUUGUUGCUGUUACAACGGCCCUUUCGAUUUCUUUCUUCCCUUUCUUUCUUUCUCUGGUCAGUCUGCGUAUUUAUCUGUUUGUCUGCUGUAUUUUCUCAGCAUGCAUUGAAACCAGUGUUAGUGUUAUAGAUACCGAAACCCAGGGAUCAGGAGAUCGAAGAAAAGAGGAAGAGGAUCCUUCUAGACGGGUGCUCGUUUUACAGGCUAUUACACAAAAGAAGCAGCAAAGAUACGAUAAUGAUUAUGAAAAUAAUGGUGACAGUAGUGAAGUUGGUGAUAAUAUCGGAAACAUGUCCAAUGGAAUAAAAUUCGCAAACGAAAUUAAGGUUCAGCUGUAUCAGAAUUGUACAGCGGUUCCUGAAUUUUGA